AUGGUCGCCAUGUCCAAGAUAUCGGCCUUUGCCACAGGAGCAGCUGCGGUGACUGCAGCGACGGCCUUCGUAGCGCCACAGACGGCCAGGCAGUCGACGCAGCCAACGCUCCGAGGCACUCAGCAGAGGUCCGCCGCAGGGACCAGCGCAGCAGGCGUUAGCCUUGGCCUUGGAGCCAUGGGCCUGGCUGCGGCCCUGGUGCGCCCGGCGCUGCCGGCGGUGCGGGCGGGCGUCGUGCGCUGCGCCUACGACGCCUCCGGCGAGAUUGGUGCAUGCGACCCUCUGCUGUUCUGGGACCCAGUCGGCUACUGCCAGGUUCCGCUGGAGGGAUGGCUUCAGGUCCUGCUGGUGGCGGGGCUCAUUGAGACGCAGCUCUUCAAGGAUCAGUCCUUCGGAGGCUUUGCCUAUGGCAAGUACGGGGCAGAGCCGGGCAACUUCGGCACUGGCUACUGGGGCAGGAAGAUCCAGGACCCAGCCGAGCGUCGGCUGAAGCUGACCACCGAGCUGAACAACGGGCGGCUGGCAAUGAUUGCCAUGGCCGGGAUGCUGAUCCAGAAUGGCCUCACCGGCCAGUCCCCGAUCGAGCAGCUGCAGGCUGGCCACUACUCGCCCUUCAACGAUGGCCAGGGCUUCUUCGCCUUCGACCCUUCCCAGGAGCUCGGCGCCUGCCCUCCCCUGGGCUACUGGGACCCCUUUGGCAUGAUGGCGUUCCAGGACGAGGAGAAGUUCCGCCGCAACCGCGAGCUGGAGCUGAAGCACGGAAGGAUCUGCAUGGCCGCCACCAUCGGCAUGAUCGUGCCUGACCUCUUUGGCCGUUUUGGUGGCUACCUCUCACCCAGCGCAGGCCUCAAGUUUUCGGACAUCCCCUGCACUAUUGAGGCCAUCUACAAGGUCCCGACCUUCGGCUGGUUGCAGAUCUUUGCUCUGGCCGGCGCCAUCGAAGCCAAGAACCAGGCCUUCCCAGAGAAUUAUGGCUAUCCUCCCUUCUGGGGUCGGAUCAACACCCUUGAGCCGGAGGAGAAGCAGAAGAAGCUCUUGGCGGAGAUCAACAAUGGACGUUUGGCGAUGGUUGCCAUGGCCGCCAUUGUGGCACAGAACGGUGCCACCGGCCAGUCCCUUGUCGAGCAGUUCACCACAGGAAAUCUGAACCCCUUCGUGGGUGGCUAUGCUCAGCGCGAGGCCUCGGAUCGCCUGGCGCUGCGUGCUGAGUUCGGCUCCGGCGCAGGCAAGUCCACGGCCCUCCCGUGGGACCCCAUCCCGGAGGGCCUCACCAACGACAUCUUCAACCCGGUCUACGUGGGCGACGUGGGCUUCGACCCUGCAGGCCGGCAUGCGCUGGCAUGCGCCGGCAUGGUUCGGAACAUUUCGGAACGUAAGAGAGGCUUCGCCAAGAACCAGCGACUGCUGCCUUGGUAUCGUGAAGCCGAGCUUGCGCACGGCCGCGUUUGCAUGCUGGCAGUGCUCGGCUACACCGUGCAGACUGCUGGCGCCAAGUUCGAGCCCUUCAUCACCCGCUACCCGACGGACUCGGCGGACCCCCUGAAGGCGGCUACGCAGGUGCCCAUCAUCGGCUGGCUCCAGAUCAUCGUCGUGAUCGCCCUGUCUGAACUGUGGCGCUACGAGAACGCUUCUGGGCAGCAGAUGGAUCAGACUGUCAUUAGCAAGUACUCUCAGGGAGUCCAGCCUGGAGACCUCGGCUGGAACCCGACCGCUCCCGUGAGCCCAGAGAAGCCCUUACUCUUGACACUGGAUGGCACGCCACGGUCGCCACGCAUGAGGUUCGGGCCGACCUUCACCGCCGCGUACCAGCCGGAGGAGUGGAACAACAUGAAGUUGCGGGAGAUCAAGCACUGCCGUUUGGCCAUGGUGGGGUUCUUCUUCAUGGUGCUCCGAAACGCAUCCACAGGCGAAGGGCCGUCGCUGCUGCCGAACUUGGCGGCGGCAGAGUUCCAGUCUUCCGUCGGCGACUUCAUUCCCAGGGACAUCUGA